UAUGAAAGUUUUGACAAUCGAAAUGCGACGUAAUAAAAUUUAAAGUGAAUUUAAUUCUUACGCCUGUAAAAUCGUUAGAUUGCUUCAUUUGGCAACACUGAUUCGUCAAUAUAAAAGUACAAAAUUAUCUUGCCCGGUAUUCACGAGUGCAUUACUGUUUGGAACUGCGUGCGUGUAGGAUCGUUGUUCAUAAUAGAAGAAGGUGCUUUAAACCGGUACGAUGUGUGAAAUAAAAGUAUUGGAUGGUGGUUUUUCAACGCAAUUAGCGUUACACGUGGGUGAUAAAAUUGACGGUGAUCCAUUAUGGACAGCACGUUUUUUAGCAACAAAACCAGAAGCUGUAUAUAAAACGCAUUUGGAUUUUUUAAGAGUUGGCUCUGAUAUAAUAGAAACUAAUACUUAUCAAGCAUCAAUAGAUGGAUUUAUGAAAUAUUUGGGACUCACUAAAGAUGACAGUAAUAAAUUAAUUUACAAAGCUGUCGAGUGUGCUAAAAGAGCUGUGAAAACUUACCUUGAAGAAGUGAAAGAUAAUCCAAAUGUUCCUAAUCCUAAACCAUUAAUUGCUGGAUCCUGUGGUCCAUAUGGUGCUGCAUUACAUGAUGGUUCGGAAUACAGCGGUCAUUAUUGUUCAGAUAUAUCUUUAAAAGUUUUAAAAGAUUGGCACAGGCCACGUAUCUCAAGUUUGUUAGACGCUGGCGUUGAUUUAUUGGCAUUUGAAACUCUACCAUGUAAAGAAGAAGCUGAAGUAUUAAUUGAAUUAUUGAAAGAAUUUCCUAAUGCUAAAGCAUGGAUGUGCUUUUCUUGUAAAGAUGGAAAAAGUUUAGUGGAUGGUACGGAUUUUCAAGAAUUAGUUAUGCAAUGUUAUAAAAAUGCUCUGCCUGGUCAAAUAAUUGGUUUCGGCGUUAAUUGUAUUGCACCGCAGUAUGUCACUUCUUUAUUGAAAGGUAUCAAUAAAGAAAAUUCAACCGAUUUUAUACCAUUGGUAGUAUAUCCUAAUAGUGGAGAAAAAUAUACAGUAACAGAAGGAUGGAAGGAAGAUAAGGAGUGUUAUCCUUCGCAUGAAUUUAUUUAUGAAUGGUUGAAUUAUGGAGUAAAAUACAUCGGCGGCUGUUGUAGGACGCAAGCAACAGAUAUCAAAAUAAUACGCUUUGAAGUUGACACAUGGAUAAAAACACAAAAUUCUACUACUUCGUCUUCAUGAACUUCUCUUAGGAUUAGAUUUCUUUUAUUUUAUUCCUGCAUUUUUGUUUUUUAAUUAGUUGGCAAUAAUAAGAGAAUAUAUAUUUACA